AUGGCGGUGCGCAUACGAACCUCGGAGUGGAUCUCGGGGUGUUUGAUCAGCCUAACGGCGACCGACUACGCAUCAAGACGCAAGGCCACUGAGGUCGCAGCAUAUACCAUCCAUCCACCAAGUAUCCCGAAAAUGUCGAGCAUCAAGUCAGUCGCCCUGGCCGGUGGAAGCGGCAUCAUCGGCACGGCGGUCUUGAAAGCUUUAACGGAAGCUGGGUUUAUGGUCACCGUCUUGACUAGGAAAUACAACUCGCACACUUUUCCACCAUCCGUGAAGAUUGCCGAGAUCGACUACAACGAUGCUGAGACUCUGGCCGCGGCACUUCAAGGACAAGAUGCGGUAGUCUCCGCAGUCGGAUAUGCCGCCAUCAAGGCGCAAGAGGUGCUGUUCGACGCGGCGAUAAAGCGAGGUGUUCAGCGAGUCAUUCCAUCAGAGUACGGAGGCGACCCAGACUGCGCCGCCGUCCGUCAACUGCCGGUCUUCGCUCAGAAGGUCGAGGUCGAGAGCAAAUUGAAGCAACAGAUCCAAGGAACAUCGACGACCUACACACUGGUCUGCAACAACGAAUUCUUCGACUGGGAUCUGGAUCACAAGUUUGGCGUCGAUCUCCAAGCGAAGAAGAUGGAGGUCUUCGACCGAGGGGACGUCCCGUUCACCGCCACGCCCUUGGAGUUCGUUGCGAAGGGGGUCGUUGGCGUCCUCCAGCAUCCUAGCGAGACGGCUAAUCGUGUUGUCCGGCUCCAUGGCAAAAAGAUGACGCAGAAUCGAUUGCUCCAGGUGAUCCAGCACUGUGGGAGCGUUGAUGGCUGGGAGAUCUCGCAUGCAAGCACCGCGGAUCGUGAAAGGGAAGGGUAUGAGGUCUUGCAGAAACAGCCCAACAAUUUCAUGGGUUGGGCCAUCCCGUUUCUGCAGUGCGCGAUCUGGGGCAGGAAGUUUGGCGGCGAUUUUUCGCAGAAUAACGACAACGAGCUACUGGGCUUGAAGGAGCUGGAUGAUGAUGAAAUCAAGGAGAUUGUGCGCAGUCGGUUGUGA